AUGGCGCGCGCCCACGAUGAGAGCAGCGACGAUGAGCUGCCCGCCCUUUCCGACAUCCUUAACAGGCGCCGCAACGCACAACCGGCGACGCCCUCAUCUCGAGAAAAGAACAAACCAUUGCUCGGCGCAAAAAACCCUGAAUCCACCGCACCGCCGCUCUCCCAAAAGGCCAAGGGCACCCCCGUCGCCGCGAGGCGUCAGCGUUUGCUGAAAUCUGCUUCUGUAGACAGUAGGCUUGCACGUCCGGUGACCGCCGAGACCAUCGGGUCCAUUGCAUCCCUUGAUGAGAGCGGCUCAACCUUCCGCACGCGGUCGCCUGUUGCAAAACGAACAGCUGCCAGGGCAGCCAAGAAAAAUGCCAAGUACCUUGUGGACGAGGAGUCGGAUUCGAACAGCAUGGCGCAAGCAGACUCAGAUUGCAGUUCCGAAUCCGAAUCCGAGGAAGACGUAGAAGGGAGCCUAUGGUCUGCCUCACAUGAUGACCGGGACGAUAUGUUUGCCGAGGAUGACCAUGACGAAGCGACCUGGCCACCGAAUGUGUUGCUAACAGAUUUCCAAAAAUCCAAUGUUGGCUCUUCGGACGAUGUGUCUCGGAGUAGGCAAGUCUCUGAGCACAGCGUACCAGCCUAUGAGACCCAAUACACCAGAAACCCCCCGCCUAUUCUGAGGAAGCCUGAGAUAAGCUCUGCAGACUCUGAACGACCAUCGAGUUCUUCGUCUACUGAUUUUAACGCUGUCUUGACAUACUCGCCUCCUCGGAGAAGAUCACCACAUAAGAUCCUCCAUGACUCCGACCGCCCUUGCACUCCGCCUCUUGCUGCCAGUCCGGAGAAGUCACGUCUUGUGUCUCCCAAAAAGAACCGUAUCCCAACACCGCCGCAUCGGCCAAGCCUGGAUGCCUUCUGGUCUGCAGAGGUGGUCAACUCGUGGAACGACCUGCAUUCACCUCGCAAAGUUCUGCAAUCUCCCAAGAAAGAGAGGGCUGGCCCUCCCAGCGACAAGGAAACCUACCAGAUAUCGCCGCAGAAGAAGAGUCUUGCCAAGAAGGACCCGGCACGCAGAUCGUUCGAGCAGCGAAAGCACCAGUUGGCCCGAGACUUCCUCGAUGAACUAGAUGCGACAAUCACGAAAGGAGAAAUAUCGUCGUUAACGGCUGAGUCAGGCGGCGUCCAACUAGUUUGGAGUAAGACCUUGAACACGACCGCCGGAAGAGCAAACUGGAAGAAAGAGAGCAUAAAAGUUCAGGAGAAUGGAAUGUCCUCUGUGCGUCACAAGCAUCACGCGAGCAUCGAACUGGCAGAAAAGGUCAUUGAUGAUGAAGAUCGUCUUGUCAAUGUAAUCGCUCAUGAGUUUUGCCACCUCACGAAUUUCAUGAUCAGCAAUGUGCGGGACAACCCACAUGGAAGAGAAUUCAAGGAAUGGGCAAAAAGGGUCACGCGGGCCUUCGGCCACCGCAACGUGAACGUCACCACGAAACACACAUACGCCAUUGACUACAAAUACGUCUGGACCUGUGUCAGCUGCGAACAUGAAUUUAAGCGCCACUCAAAAUCUAUCGAUCCAGCAAAACACCGGUGUGGCUCCUGUAAAUCAGAGCUCGUGCAAACGAAACCGGCUGUACGUCGAAAGGAUCCGAACAAAGGCCCGAACGAGUACCAAAUAUUCAUGAAGGAGAACUUCCAGAGGAUCAAGCGGGAGAACGAAGGCAAGAGCCACAAGGAGAUCAUGGAGGUCCUUGGGAGAGAAUAUAAAGAGGCCAAGGCCCAACGAAGCAGACCAACGCGUGUGGAGGACGAUCUGAAGAGUGUUACCAGAGCCAUCAGUGCGGUUGCUCUAGACGACUAG